ACGAACGUGCGGUGCGCGCGAGAACGAGAACCGUUUCGCUGAAGCUGAGCGGGCACGUUUUGGAUUUCCGAUCAAUGAGCGAAGCCUGGGAUAUGGAUAGGUGUUAAGCCUAUAACAGCUGUUGAUUUAUUAUUAUUAUUAUUAUUAUUAUUAUUAUUAUUAUUAUUAUUAUUAUUAUUAUUAUUAUUAGAAAAAGCAUCCAGGGAGGGAAACUACACUCUGAAAACUGGUUAAAGAGAAAACAACAGAAGCAGGAGGAACAUAAUGUGAACUGUGAGUGCGCUUGACGGAAAAGCGGAGCGGAGGAUAACAUCUUAGAAGGGCUACGCAAAGGUGACAGUGGGUAGAAAACUUGGAGAAAGAAAAACAACGUGGACGAGAGCAAAAAGAGAAAAGAAGGGAGAGAAAAGUGUCGUCUUGGCUGUUGUCGGUUCAGCGCCAUGAAUCAUGAGUAACGACAGUAACGGAGUUGGAGGGCUUCAGCCUCUCUGGAACAUCAAUGGCUCAUCGCUCAACCAAACGACUGACCUGUUCUCCAACACAUCCUGCAACAUAUCCACCAAUGAUUCAACAUCUUGUUCUGCUGUUGAGAGCGGAGUGGGAACAGGAAGUCCAUACAAAGCUUUGGAGAUGUUUUUUAUUGCUAUGGUUACAGGAUCGCUGAGCUUUGUGACUGUUACAGGAAAUAUUUUAGUCAUGCUCUCCAUCAAAGUAAACCGUCACCUACAAACUGUCAAUAACUACUUCCUGUUUUCAUUAGCAUGCGCUGACUUGAUCAUCGGUGUUUUCAGUAUGAAUUUGUAUACAGUCUACAUUAUUGUUGGCUACUGGCCACUUGGGCCGGUGGUCUGUGACUUGUGGCUAGCUUUAGAUUAUGUUGUGUCGAACGCCUCUGUGAUGAAUCUGUUAAUUAUCAGCUUCGAUCGAUAUUUCUGUGUGACCAAACCCCUUACGUAUCCGGCAAGAAGGACAACUAAGAUGGCAGGAUUAAUGAUCGCAGCGGCUUGGAUCCUGUCGUUCAUCUUAUGGGCUCCUGCCAUCUUGUUCUGGCAGUUCAUCGUUGGACAGAGAACGGUGCCGCCUGGAGAGUGUUAUAUUCAGUUCCUCUCUAAUCCUGCAGUGACAUUUGGAACAGCAAUAGCAGCAUUUUAUCUCCCUGUCAUUAUCAUGACAGUGCUAUACAUCCAUAUCUCCCUGGCCUCAAGGAGCAGGGUCUCCAAACACAAACCGGAGAAGAAAGACAAGAAGGGAAUGAAAACUCCCUGCCUGAUGAAC